AUGCCAUCCUGGAGAGCCCACCUCGCAUCAUGGUACCUCUGGUUCUGGGCCAAAGGAAACUUCACCUCCGCCGCCGCCCUCGAGAAGCGCAUCGCCCAAGCACGCAAAUCCCCCCCCGACCACCGCCCCCCGCAACACUUCCGCACCAAGUUCAUCGUCGAAGAACGCCAAGUCGCAGGCCACACCGUCUACGACCUGGCCCCCAAGUCGGAGACGCCCAACGCCGCCCGCAUCCUGUACCUCCACGGCGGCUCCUUCAUGUUUGAGAUUCAACCGCCGCACUGGACGUUGGUGGCCUUACUGGCAGAGCGUCUGCAGGCGAGCGUCACGGUGCCCAUCUACCCGCUCGGUCCGGAGUCGAAGCUCAAGGACAUGUAUGCCAUGCUGCAGCCUAUCCACGACGAGAUGGCUGCGUCGAGGGACGACGCGCCGUUCUUCGUCGUGGGCGACUCUGCGGGCGGGUGUAUGUCGCUGGUGGUGACGCAGGAGGCCAUCAAGUUUGGGAAGCCGCUGGCAAGGGGUGUCGUUCCCAUCACGCCGGUCGUGGAUGCGACGUUUGCGAAUCCAGAGGCGCACGAGGUGUCGAAGCGGGAUCCGUGGCUGGACGUCGUGGGGUGCAAGGCCGUGGGGGAGUUGGUCAGGGGACAGUGGCCUACGGAUGAUGCGCGUGUGAGUCCGUUGUUUGGGAAUGUGGACAAGUUGCCGCCGAUGAUGGUGCUUGCCGCGGAGCAUGAUCUUCUCACACCGGAUACGAAGAGGUUUGUGGAUAAGGUGAAGAGCGCGGGAGGGGAUGUGACCCUCGUGGAGGGGCCGGGGAUGAUGCAUGUUUGGCCGUUGGUGUUGCCGGAUCAUGAUGGGAAGGAGGCUGUUGAUUUGAUGGUGGAGUGGAUGGAGAAGAGGAUGUGA